AGAACAAAAUGAGUGCCACUCGUCGGGUGAUAAGAACUACCUGCUUGAUUUCAGCUGAUCCAGGGAGUGCCACAGUAGUCAGCAGAAUUCUAGCAUCUGGUAAUCAUAAGCUAGUUCGCGAUAACAUUGCUUGUAUAGCUCCUGCAUGCCCACGAGUGCUUGCACGAGCAACAAUCUUUUCCCAGCAAGAUGGGCACUUCACUUCGAUACAACCAUGAACAACAAGUAGCGAUAUCAUCCGAUAAAUGUACAUUUUGUUUUUGUUGCUGUGAUUGAGGGUUACUUUGGGUAGGACAUUCGGCGGAAAGAUGGCUUGCAAGGUUUAUCGGCUUGCCUCUGCUAGCGUUAAAAAUUUGCGCAGUCGCGUGAAGGUAGUGGCAACUCGAAGGCCCAGAUUUUCCCAGUUGUGUGGUAUCAUUUUGAUCGAAAUCCUGAAGUGACAAAAGUUUAUUAGUUUCUAUUCUUCGCUCGCAUUAGGUGCGCAUGCGCGGUGAUUCGAUAUCGCGCAUUCGUGAAUACACGCCAGUUACACGGCAUCGAAACAGCAGGCAAUGGCUAAUGAAAGAAGCUACGAAUACGCGCCUCCAGAGUUUAGUACGAUGGACGACGCCACUGCAAGUACAAGCUGUGGCGGUACCAUGGGCGCUUCAUCUACUUUGGGUGCCUACCUAACCAUUCCUGAUGAAGCCUGGAAGUACCAGUGGAACACACAGCCCACGCCGAUAACCGAUGGGGCUUACAACGUCGACGACAUCACUGACACUAGCAUCACUAGUUACCAGCAACUGGAGUGCGUUAGCAGCAUCGAUAAUGCCAGCACAAGCCUCGCUGGCAUGGGGGAAGCAUCAGCCAGUUUUGAAGACGGUGCAACGACUUGUGACGACUCCUUCGAUGACCUGUGGAACGCGAUGAACAGCGGGACGGAUGCCACUGACGUCAAUGAUGACGCUUACAGCGGAAACAUCAGUUACCCGCCCAUGGUGUCCAGCACCAACGCGGAUCCCGCCACGCCUACUAAAGGCCAUGCUGGCAUGGAGAAAGCAUCGUUUAUCCCGGAAGAAACAGAGAGGAAUGCCACUGCAACCGGAGGAAGGGAACAGCAAGAGCUGUGCGGUGUCUAUGGCAAUGUUUUGAACAGAAGGGAUGCCUUAGAGGGGAACGCCAUGGAACACACGGGCGACACAGGCCACUUUUGUGAAGCAUGUGAUCAGUCAUCUGUGAAGGUGUCUAAUUCUGUAGAACACUGCCACAACCGCAAUGACAAAAAACACAAAUGCAAAACCUGCGAUAAGCUUUUCCAUCGGGCUGAUUCUCUAGUUAAACAUUACCGCACGCACACAGGCGAGAGACCCUACAAAUGUAGAACCUGUGAUAAAUCCUUCCGGCAGUCUAGUCAUCUAGAUAAACAUAAGCACACGCAUACAAACGAGAGACCCUACAAAUGCCAAAUAUGUAAUAAAUCAUUCCGGUGGUCUACUCAUCUAGAUAACCACAAGCGCACGCACACAGGUGAGAAACGCUACAUUUGCAAAACUUGCGAUAAAUCAUUCACGCGGGCGGAGUAUCUGCGUAAACAUCAUUGCACUCACCCUCAAGCAGCCUCAAGUGUUGACGCCGUCUCAGAAGUGUUCCAGAAGCCCUUCGCCAUGGCGGAAUUGCCUCAGCUGAAGCCUAGAGUGAUGGCCUACGACACCGUCUUCAGCCGUCUGCGUCCUACUUCGCACCCGCACCUGAUGACUGCUCGCGCUGCUGCCACCUGCGCAGAAACCGGACACGACAUUGGAACAUCAGGCAUGGCUGAGGAAAGCAGCAACGAAUACACGCCUCUUUAUUACAGCAUGAAGGACAAAGCAACACCAAGUACAAGCUGUGGCGGUACCCAGGAUGCUUCAACUACUUUGGGCGCCUACAAUACGACUUCUGAGGACGCCUUGCAUUACCGGAGGAACACGCAGCGCCCGCCGAUGACCGAUGAGACUUGCAACGUCGACGGUGUCACUGACAAUGGCAGCACAAGUUGCCAGCACCUGGGGUCCGUCAGGAGCAUCCAUAACGCCAGGCCCAGCACAAGUCGUGCUGGCAUGGAGGAAGCAUCAGCCAAUUCUGAAGAUGGUGCCUCGAAUGCUACUGGAACUGGAGGAAGAAAACAGCAAGAAACCUGCGGUGUCAGAGCAAGUGAUCAAUCGUCUGUGAAGAAGUCGAACCACAAAUGCGAAACGUGCAGUAAAUUAUUUAGCAGUGCUAAUGCUCUAACUCGACAUUACCGCACGCAUACCGGUGAGAAACCGUACAAAUGCGAAAUAUGCGACAAAUCAUUUUCGCAGAAGUCAAAUUUGCGUAUUCAUGAACGGAUUCACACAGGCGUGAAACCCCAUAUCUGCCAAAUAUGUACUAAGGCAUUCAUAACCAAAGCGGAACUUCAACGUCAUCUCGCAUCACGCAGUAAUGACAGACCUUUUGUUUGCGACGUAUGUAAUGUCGCCUUUAAGCGCAGCUGUCAUCUCAAAAAUCACUGCCGAACAAUUCACGGGGUUAAAAUGCCGUAAGAGCGCAAGCAGGGUGAAUUUCGGUUCGCAAAGAAAGAAAACCUCGGAACCCACCUCUGUCAGAAUUUCAGGUGCUGCUUGUGUGGAGAUUCGUUUAGAGAUGCACCUGGACUGAUUGUCCAUCUCAUGAUGAAUACAGGAUGCAGUCGUAAAAUUGUGACGUAAGUGGCGCAAGUGCAGUAAAUGGCCCACGGUUUCCGCAUAUGAACGUGACCCUGAAUCCGUGCAGGAAAAUAACGCUGGCAUUAAUCCACAGGGGUGAGAACUGACCGAACUCAUCGUGUAGAGAGACGGGCUUUCUUUAACGCUCAAAACUGCUGAAUGAAAUGGGAGACUUAAAGUAAGCCGCUUAAUUUUUUUGAAAUUACGAGAGAAAACGUCUCCAGCAGAAUAUGGGAUGCUUGAAUGUGAAGUACGCUGCAGACCCUGGCUAGAAAUCACUGUUUGCGGAACUACGUUGUUUGCGAAAGCAGCUUUAGCAAACUCAUUUCUAAACAAAGCAUAAUGGGCUGCAAUUAGAUGUUUCGUGCUAAUAGAAGGUUGAAACAUUCGCACAAGAUCCUGACACCUCGUUUAGAUUCGUGCAAGCGUUUUGACAGUGUAAUAGAAAACAAGCUAUACCUCACCGUCCUUUAUACAUUCUGCAUUUCGAAUAGAAGGCAGCACCACUCAUUAGGAGCCAUUUAAAAAAGGAAACAGUGUUCUUUUCAACUAACAACUAAUCUCUGAUGAUGAUUGAGAUCCUUAGGCCUUGCUGCCUUUCAGCUACUGUUUUUGCGACAAUAUACAGACACAGGAAUGGGGGAAUUUAUUUGCCAUACAAUGGUGCUCAAUGCACGUAUUUUUGUGUGCUCUCUUUGGCUCUAGUCAUACCGAAAAUUUUGUGCUUUAUCAUCCUGAUGACAACAGACUGUAUUGGACUAAAAUCCUUUGGAGCUUAAGUAUAUAUGUUCUCCGACUACAAAUAUUUCAGUUAUUGUUGCAUUCAGGUGGAACCUCAGUCAAUUUUAAAGCUCAAUUUCUCACUCACUUGGAAGUCAUCUUUUUGGACGUGCGCUCCACUCUAGUUACAGCUAUGGAAUUAUUUAGCCUGAUGUGACAAACGUAUCCCUACGGGCAAUGACAGAACGAUUGAGUUGUAGUUUUUAGCUAUAUUAUUGACCCACGUACUUCUAUAUCUUUUUCCUGUGAACGCUUUUCACCGAAAAACAUACGUUAAGCUGCAGCUCAGCGCAUGGGGUACCAGCAUGUAUCAGAACAUUCUGCAAUAUUCUCGUUGAUUAUAGCGUCUUCCUAUCUUGUAGUCGAGCCUCUUGUAAUCAAAUUGCAUGUACAACGAAAAUACACUUACGAAUUCCAGAAGACACGCGAGCAGCAACGAUCACGCUGGAAUCCUCUACGAAUAUUGUGAGAAUAGCCGACGCUGCCUAAUCGCAAAUCAUUUGUUCGACGAUCGACUCAUGCGCGCGGCACUAUUUUUCUGCCCGAAUGUAACUUGUUUUGUUGGUUCUGGUUCUCCCAGUAAAGUGUAUUGAAUGCCUCA